UCCACCGCAUUCACCAUACGAGUCACGAAGCUAUUGCACCACUAUGGAAAUAUUAAUGAAUAUCGCCCCUCAGCCGGCCAACAGCAACAGGGUGUGCGAGCCGACACCUCGAUCCAGUGAACUGCACAGAAAAAGAGCAGAGGAUAAUGUAUCGGCGGAGAUGGCCAGAAUUAUCACAGAUUCUGCCACCGGGAAAUGUUACUGCCGUGGGAAAGUUUUGGGAAAGGGAGGUUUUGCGAAAUGCUACGAGAUGACAGACCUGUCCACAAGCAAAGUUUACGCAGCCAAAAUUAUUCCCCACACGCGCGUCUCCAAAACUCACCAACGGGAAAAGAUCGACCGGGAAAUCGAACUCCACCGAAUGCUUCACCAUAAACACAUUGUGCAUUUUUAUCACCAUUUCGAAGACAAGGACAACAUCUACAUACUAUUGGAGUACUGCAGUAGAAGAUCCUUAGCUCAUAUCCUGAAGACACGCAAAGUGCUCACUGAACCGGAGGUGCGCUAUUACCUGCGUCAGAUCGUCUCAGGACUCAAAUACCUGCACGAACAAGAGAUCCUGCACAGAGACCUCAAAUUGGGUAACUUCUUUGUGAGUGAAUCCAUGGAGCUGAAGGUGGGAGACUUUGGCCUAGCUGCCAAACUGGAGCCAGUGGGGAGCAGGAGGAAGACCAUCUGUGGGACGCCCAACUACCUGUCCCCUGAAGUGCUCAACAAGGAAGGCCACGGCUGCGAGUCUGACAUCUGGGCCCUGGGCUGUGUCAUGUACACCAUGCUACUGGGCAGACCCCCCUUUGAGACCACCAACCUGAAGGAGACUUACAGGUGCAUCCGCGAGGCUCGCUACUCCCUGCCCUCCUCCCUGUCCCUCCAGGCCAAGCAGCUCAUUGGUAGCCUGCUGGCCAAGACCCCUGAGGACAGACCCCACCUGGAUCACAUCCUCAGACACGAGUUCUUCACACAGGGUUUUGUGCCAGAGCGUCUCCCAGCAAGCUGUUGCCACUCUGCACCAGAGUUCCACAUCUCCAGCCCUGCCAAGAGUUUCUUCAAGAAGGCUGCAGCCGCACUGUUUGGUGGGAAGAGGGACAAGGUCAAAUACUAUGAGACCUUGAAUAAGCUAACCAAAGAAGAAGAGGAGAUCUACAAGCUGCGAAAUGACCUGAAGAAGACUGUCAUCAGCCAGCAGCAGAACAAACAGCAGGCUGAGGACACUCUGCCAGCCUUGCCAUCGGCCGGAAUUCCCGUUGCCCCGGUAACAGAGGGUCAGGCUCCGACAGCGCGUGACACCAUCCGCUUGAUCGUCAGGGGCAGCCUGGGCAGCUGCAGCAGCAGCAGCGAAUGUCUGGAAGACAAUAGUACGGGCUGUGUGGCUGAGUCUGUAGCCAGCGUUUUCAGAGGGUGCCUGGAAAACAUGCCUCAAGCGGACAACAUUCCCCAAGGCCCAGGCUGCGGUACCCUCCAGUGGGUGACUAAGUGGGUCGACUACUCCAACAAGUACGGCUUCGGCUACCAGCUGUCAGACCACACCGUGGGGGUUCUCUUCAACAACGGCACUCACAUGAGCCUCCUCCCCGACAGGAAAACAAUCCAUUACUAUGCUGAGCUGGGACAGUGUUCUGUCUUUCCCACUACGGAGGUCCCAGAGCACUUUGUUGCUCAGGUGACAGUGCUCAAGUACUUUGCCCACUACAUGGAGGAGAAUCUGAUGGAUGGCGGAGACCUAGUGAGCAUGUCCGACACACACCUGCCCAGACUCUACCUUCUGCAGUGGCUCAAGUCUGACCGCGCCCUCAUGAUGCUCUUCAACGAUGGCACCUUUCAGGUUAACUUCUACCAUGACCACACCAAGAUCAUCCUGUGCACCCAGAGGGAUGAGUACAUGCUGACGUACAUCAAUGAGGACCGGGUCUCCACCACCUUCAGACUGAGCGCCCUGCUUGCCUCCGGCUGCCCCAGUGACCUGCGCCAGCGUAUGGAGUACUCCCUCAACAUGCUCACGCAGCGCUGCAACUGAACAGGAAGCGCCCACGCGGAGCCGAGGAACCACUUACAUGGAGGGGGCCUCUUCCCACAGCUUGGCAAUUUAAAGGGGGGGGACAGUUUAUACUGAUGGACCUAUGCUGAGCAAUUGGGACUGCAACUCUGACAAUUUACUGGUGAAAAUCCUGUCAGAAAUGGAGAGGGAUGGAGAGAUCCUGAAGGAGAUGAAACGUGUAUAGGGAACAUGAAGGCUUGACUGUGAAGGGCUGAUGACAUGUAAAUGAAAAGAGGAGACCGCAAACCGGAAAUCAACAAUUGGAAAUUCUGGUACGAAUGUGUAACCAAAGGGAGGAGCAUGUUAGGAAGGGGUGAGGAGGGUAACACUGGGCUGGCCCAGAGAGGAACUGUCUAUUUACGUUGUUGUUAAAUGUUGUUGUUGUUGUCAUUAAUGUUGUUGUGUCCAAUAUGAGUCCAUCCACAAAGGCUGGAGCUGUGCUUGGAGCCUGUAAAAACAGCGCUUCUGCCGGGCGGAGAGACGCUGUGUGUGUGGGUGUGUGUGUUUGUGUGUUUGUGUGUGCAUGGCACACUGCAUACCCACUUCAAACUGUGACUCAUUUCUGUCUGAAAGGUUUGACAUCCCUGUUGGACUGGGGAGGUUGGGAGAGGGGGAUUAUGGUGAAGUUCAUGUACAGACCCACUAAGAAAGAACCGUUACCUUGUUAAGUAAUGGGGCAUAACUUAUUGUGUACAAAGUGUAUUUAUUUAUUUAAUAAUAAGUGUUUUUUUUUCUUUAAAA